AUGAUCAACGAUCCAAAGAGUCAGCUUUUCGUCGCGUGGACUGAACUCAGAACAAGCUUUGUUGUCUCAAACGUAGGUGAAUUCAGCAGGAGCAUUCUCGGCUCUCAUUUCAAGCACAACAACUUCUCGAGCUUUGUCCGCCAACUCAACAUGUAUGGUUUUCAUAAAAUCAACAGAACUCCACAUGCCCAACGCCGCACAUCAAUCACAUCCCAAACUUGGGAAUUCAGCCACCCUGAAUUCCUCCGCGUUUAUCCAGCUGUGCUA